UCUCUUUUGAGAAAACGAAACUCAGCAAACUCAAAGUGCCUCUCUCUCUCUCUCUCUCUCUCUCUCUCUGUGUGAGUGCAAGAAAAUGGCAGAGGCCAGUAUUUCAAUGGAUCAGGGUCAGUUUAACUGUCCAGUGUGUCUUAUUCUCCUGAAGGAUCCUGUGACUACUCCUUGUGGCCACAAUUUCUGUAAGGAGUGUAUUAAUGGCUUCUGGGAUGAGGAGGAUCUGAAGGGCAUCAACAGCUGCCCCCACUGUAGAGAGACUUUCACUCCAAGGCCUGUUCUACGCAGUAACAACGUGCUGGCUGAAGUGGUGGAGAAUAUGAAGACCGAACACCAAGCUGCUUCUACUGUUCACUGUUACGCUGGACCUGGAGAUGUGGAGUGUGAUUCCUGCAUUGGGAGAAAACGCAAAGCUGUUAAUUCCUGUCUGGUGUGUCAGGCCUCCUACUGUGAAGAUCAUCUUCAACCUCACUAUCAGUCUCCUGCCUUUAAGAAGCACAAAUUAGUGGAAGCCUGUGCAGAGCUCCAAGAGAAGAUCUGCUCUCAACACGACAAACUGAUUGAUAUCUACUGUCGUACUGACCAAAGCUUCAUCUGUUAUUUGUGUAUGAUAGAUGAACACAAAGGCCACGAUACGGUUUCAACUAAAGCAGAAAGAACUGAAAAACAGAAUGAGCUAAAGCAGAAGCAGAUGAAAUUCCGGCAGAUAAUGCAGAAGAAGUGGAAAAAGGUGCAGAAGCUGAAACAGACUAUGGACUCUAUUAAGGAGCAUUCACAGGCAGCAGUAGAUGACAGUGAGAGGAUCUUUACUGAGCUGGUCAGCACCAUGGAGAAAAAGUGCUCGGAGGUGAAGAAGCUGAUCAGAGCUCAGGAGGAAGCUGAACUAAGUCGAGUUGAACGACUCCUGAAGCAACUGAAGCAGGAGAUUGCUGAUCUUAAGAGGAGAGUCACUGAGCUGGAGCAGCUUUCACACACACACGAUCACAUCCACUUCCUCCAGAGUUUCCCAUCUCUCUGUGUUCCUCCUGGAUGUGAGGUCUCACGCAGAUUCACUGUCAAUCUCUCAUUUGACGGAGUGAGGAAAUUUCUCUCAGAUCUGAAAAAACAAGUUGAGGAAAUCUGUGAGGAGGAAUUCAGAAAAAUCGAUCCACGUGAUGCAGCAGUUCAGAUGAUUUUACCUUCAGAAACAAAGAGCAGAGCGGAUUUUCUGCAGUAUUUCAUUAAUCUGACUCUGGAUCCCAACACAGCACAUCAUCAGCUCAUUCUGUCUAAGAGGAACAGAGCGGUGACUCGCAGUAAGACAGACAAGCUGUCCUCUGAUAAUCCAGAGAGAUUUGAUUCGUGUUCUCAGGUGUUGUGUAAGGAGAGUGUGUGUGGACGCUGUUACUGGGAGGUGGAGUGGAACGGUGUGGGUGUGGACAUUUCAGUCUCAUAUAAAGAUAUCAGGAGGAAAGGAGGGAGUAUCAAGUGUGUGUUUGGACGCAACAGUCAGUCCUGGAGUCUGCGGUGUUCUUCUUCCUCUGUAUCUUUCCGGCACAACAACAUUAAGACUGAGCUCCAAGGUCCAGCGUCCUCCAGAAUAGGAGUGUGUGUGGAUCACAGUGCAGGAACUCUGUCCUUCUACAGCGUCUCUGAAACGAUGAGGCUCCUCCACAGAGUCCACACCACAUUCACUCAGCCUCUGUACCCCGGGUUCAAGAUUUGUUAUUUUUACUCUACUAUGAGGUUAUGUGAUCCAAAUUACCUCCUAACUGACAUAAAUCCUGAUGUCAGGAUAUACCAGACUCGGAGACAAAGGCCCGUAACCUUCCCAGUCUAUGAGGUAUUCGAGGCGACCUCUGUGGCGUCGGGAGCUCAGUAUUUCUCUGAUGGCAUAUACUGGCUGGUCAUCCAGGAUCAUCAGGAGAGGAGGAUCGUUCACAGGAUCAGGCUCUGUGGAGGAAUCAGAAACAGGAGGGGACCAAUGAAUCUGGGACUUAGCUUUUUGCAGGGCAGGUGCAGUCUCCAGUGGAGAGCCACACCUUCUGCCCCGGUUGGAAGUUGGGCAUUUCAAUCCUCUGAGCAUCAGCAUGGACCUUCUGAUGGUGCACUGCCCGUUGCAGGUGGUGAUGAGCUGCUUCCCAGACCCUCUCGCUCUCCUGGAACCAAUGGUCAACCGCUGGCACCUCUGAUGGCUCCCCAGUCCAUGGGAAAAGAGGGGGUUGGAAGUCAAGUACGCAUUGAAAUGGGGUUAGGCCCGUGGCAGGUUGACCGAGGGAGUCCUGUGCGUACUCGGCCCAAGUGGAAGAGAGGCCUUUUAAGGGAAGAAGUCGACAGGCUUUGGAGAAUCGGUCAACAACUACCAGGAUACAGUCUCCUCAGUAUCGAAGCCCUGCCACCCAUGGUGCUUCCGGGUGCAGCGGUCUCCGGCGGGCACUUCUCUCAGUUUCCGCCCGGGAACGUAGCGGUACCGGGAGGCUCGCUACCUCUUCGGAGCUGGUACUUCAUCGUUCCAAAGAAGGAUGGAGGGUUGCGUCCCAUUUUAGAUCUGCGUCAAUUGAACCGCUCAGUCGUGCGACUGAAGUUCAGGAUGCUCACAAUCAAACAAGUCGUGUCUCAGAUCAGCUCCGAGGACUGGUUUGUCACGAUCAAUCUAAAAGACUCAUACUUCCAUAUCUCCGUCCUUCCCCAAUACAGGAAGUUCCUGAGGUUUGCUUUCGGGGGUGAAGCUUACCAAUAUCGGGUUCUUCCGUUUGGGCCUGGCACUUUCACCCCGCACUUUCACAAAGGCCCGGUGCUGGGAGCUCCUUGUCACCGUGUAAUGCUAGCAACGGACGCAUCUCUCACCGGUUGGGGAGCAGCCAUGAGCGGCCACGAGUGGCCGUUCAGCCUGCGGACUGGGAAACUCCUCUCGCUGAGAGCAGUUUACAUCCCUGGACAUCUCGAUAUGGGAGCAGACAUCCUGUCGAGGCAGGGGCCGAGACCCGGGGAAUGGAGGCUUCCCCCUGAGGUGGUGAAGCAGAUAUGGAGAGUGUUUGGCCUGGCUCAGAAUGAGCUAAAGCAGAAGCAGAUGAAAUUCCGGCAGAUAAUGCAGAAGAAGAGGAAAAAGGUGCAGAAGCUGAAACAGACUAUGGACUCUAUUAAGGAGCAUUCACAGGCAGCAGUAGAUGACAGUGAGAGGAUCUUUACUGAGCUGGUCAGCACCAUGGAGAAAAAGUGCUCGGAGGUGAAGAAGCUGAUCAGAGCUCAGGAGGAAGCUGAACUGAGUCGAGCUGAACGACUCCUGAAGCAACUGAAGCAGGAGAUUGCUGAUCUUAAGAGGAGAGUCACUGAGCUGGAGCAGCUUUCACACACACACGAUCACAUCCACUUCCUCCAGAGUUUCCCAUCUCUCUGUGUUCCUCCUGGAUGUGAGGUCUCACGCAGAUUCACUGUCAAUCUCUCAUUUGACGGAGUGAGGAAAUUUCUCUCAGAUCUGAAAAAACAAGUUGAGGAAAUCUGUGAGGAGGAAUUCAGAAAAAUCGAUCCACGUGAUGCAGCAGUUCAGAUGAUUUUACCUUCAGAAACAAAGAGCAGAGCGGAUUUUCUGCAGUAUUUCAUUAAUCUGACUCUGGAUCCCAACACAGCACAUCAUCAGCUCAUUCUGUCUGAGAAGAACAGAGCGGUGACUCGCAGUAAGACAGACAAGCUGUCCUCUGAUCAUCCAGAGAGAUUUGAUUCGUGGGCUCAGGUGUUGUGUAAGGAGACUGUGUGUGGACGCUGUUACUGGGAGGUGGAGUGGAACGGUAUGGGUGUGGACAUUUCAGUCUCAUAUAAAGAUAUCAGGAGGAAAGGAGAGAGUAAUGAAUGUGGGUUUGGUUACACCAAGCAGUCCUGGAGUCUGCAGUGUUAUUCUUUCUCUGUCUGUUUCUGGCACAACAACAUUAAGACUGAGCUCCAAGGUCCAGCGUCCUCCAGAAUAGGAGUGUAUGUGGAUCACAGUGCAGGAACUCUGUCCUUCUACAGCGUCUCUGACACGAUGAGGCUCCUCCACAGAGUCCACACCACAUUCACUCAGCCUCUGUACCCCGGGUUCAAGAUUUGUUAUUUUUACUCUACUAUGAGGUUAUGUGAUCCAAAUUAAAUGUUAGUAAAAGUGCUUUUGUAAAAUUAAAACCGAGGUGACAGAUUUCAUUUCGAACUGUAACACUAUAUUUUUUUUUUCAACCACAUCUACUCUACAGAUUAAUAAAUUACAUAAAUAAUCUCAAUGCAGAAUGUAGGAUUUUUCCAUGAAAAAAAGUGUUAUCAAACAGCACCAUAAGGAAAUUUUAAUAUAUAAAAAAAUUUACAAUGUCUCAAAAAUUCAAGUUUUGGCUUGGGCAAAGACUAUUUGUUCAGAAAUAAUAAAACUUACUGAAACUGCUGCGUCUUUUAUUUUAGAUGUUGUGUCUUGCAUGAUAAUUCCUUGGAUAAGCUUCUGUAUAAUUAUUUACUAUAAAAUAUU